AUGGCGACUGAAACAGCAACGACCACAACAACUGCGGCCAAAGCGACAUCGUUUGACCAAGAAACGCCUAAGGCUGCUGCAUUCUAUAGUGGCCUACGGGAAAAGAACGCUGGCCCACUAUGGACGGUUCUCGACAAAUUGGUGCCCCCAAAGCCCAACCCAGAAAGUGUUCCGAACAUAUGGCGGUAUUCAGAAAUGCGACCAUCACUAAUGGAAGCCGGAAAACUCGUGACGGCAGAAGAAGCCGAACGUAGAGUGCUGAUGCUGGUCAACCCGACUCUAGAAGCCCCAUAUACCACCGAGUCGAUAUAUGCAGGAUUGCAGCUCAUUUUGCCAAAUGAGACGGCUCCGGCCCAUCGGCAUGUAGCCUUUGCCUUGCGCUUCAUUAUCGAGGGAUCGGGAGGAUUCACGGCGGUCGAGGGAGAAAAGAUGAUGAUGGAAAGGGGAGAUGUGAUCCUCACACCAAGCUGGACGUGGCACGAUCACGGGAACGAAGGGAACAGCCCGGUGAUCUGGCUGGACGGACUUGACCUACCACUGUUUAGGUUUCUACCUCUGAAUUUCGCGGAUCAGUAUCCUGAGAAACGAUACCCUAGCACGCUGAGCACCAACAGCAAGUCACAGUUUCCAUGGGCGCCGGUGGAGAAACGCUUGAAGGGCGCAGAAGGGCCAUAUGCUGUUUAUCACUAUGUGACUGAUGAUGGAAAAGCCCUUUCUGCGACCCUGGGGGCUCAAGCGGAACGUGUUGCGGCAGGGACCACGUCACCAACUGUUCAGGAGACUGGUUCGUUCGUCUAUCAUGUCGUCGAAGGAGAGGGAUAUUCCACCAUUCUGUCGCCAGGAGAUAAGAGCCCAAAGGACAUCAGAUGGACUGGAAAAGACACCUUUGCUAUUCCUGCAUGGAGUCAGAUCUCGCAUACGGCCACAUCUAACACGGAUGUGUUUCUGUUUGCCAUCAACGAUCGUCCCAUGGUGACAGCAUUGGGCUUGAGGAGACAGGCAUAA